AUGGGUGGAAUGAGUUCCAGUGGCAUGUUCCAAGAUACCAACAUGUCUCUGGCUCAGACGUAUUGGUAUCUGAUAGCUGGAGUGCUAGGCCUACUCCUCAUAGUGCGCGCUAUAAACUUCAGUCAGAACUGGAUCAGGUUGCGAACAUCUCGAACGAGUUCAAUAAAGUAUCCCACCAUACCAGCUAAUUGGUACCUUCAAUUAUGGGCCACUCUGACAGCUGUCGGUCGCGAAAUAAGCUAUCCUCAAAUAUACGUUCCGACCAAGUACUUCUCAUGGCUGACACCACCACCCAUGGGAAGAGUCAUAUGCCUCCUUGUAUACUGGGCCGUCAUCAUUUACAUGAUGUGCUCGGGCGCUAUCGUCAAGGAUGCCUACUUCUGGGAACGUAUUGGGUACCGGAACGCCUGGGUAACUGUUACUCAAGUCCCUUUCCUCUACCUCCUCGCGUCCAAGACAAACGUCAUUGGCUUGAUCGCCGGGACCAGCUAUGAACGUUUGAAUUGGCUACAUCGUUGGGUUGCUCGGACCAUGUUUGCAACGGCGACAGUUCAUGGCUUUCAUUUCUGGAGCGAGUGGGUCCUGUACGAUCUUGUGGAUCUGGAACUACAAUACAUGCCUAUUGUCAGAUAUGGACUGGGGGCAUGGGGUCUUUUGUUAUGGAUGGUCGUUACAUCGUUCAGACCUAUUCGCGCGGUGGCUUAUGAGAUAUGGGUAGCGCAGCAUAUCAUCGCUGCAAUUUUGUUCCUGUGGAUCGUCUACCUGCACGUACCGACCUAUGCACGAUACAACAUCUGGUUCGCCAUAGCAGCCAUUUGCUUCGACCGGGUAUUUCGCUUCGGUAUGCUAUUGUGGCAGAAUAUCAAGUUCAACCCGAAAACAACCGGAUGCAAAGGUGGGCAAAAGUUUGGUCACCAAACUCAGAUCAGCGUCGUGGGAGAUUCCAUCACGGUGCUGACCAUCAAGGAUGUACACUUCAAAUGGAGUGCAGGUCAGCAUCUCUAUUUGUGGUUGCCACGUGUUGGCCCACUCGAAGCACAUCCGUACACCAUUGCCUGUGCGCACCAGACACCAGAUACAUGCAUAUGCAAUAGCAUUCAACUUGUCAUUCGCACGCACUCUGGGUUUUCAAAACGCCUGCAUUCGUUUGCCAGGAAGAUGCAGGCAUCGGAAAGGAAACAAACUGUUACCGCGCUCGUCGCAGGUCCAUAUGGUCGACCCCCACGGUGGGACAUCUUUGAGACAUUGGUCCUUAUUUCGGCUUCUACAGGCGCCUCGUUCACUCUUCCGAUCUUGGAAAGUGUUUUGCAGACCAAAGCAACGAUUUGCACCAAGCGAAUUGACUUUUUGUUGACUGCGCGCCAAGGUGAAGAGAUCGGAUUCUACCAUGAUCGGCUGCACGAAGCGAUGGUCAAGGCCAAUCAGAGAGGCAUUGAGCUGUCCGUUCAUAUCGCUGUUACUGGCGAUGGGCAUCUCGAGACUGUUGCAGCAUCACGUUCGUCGUCGGCGUCAGGGUCGGCAGCCAGUCAUGAGGAAAAGCUCACAGUCGUAGAGAGGACGGGAACAUUCGACAAGUCUGCCAAGAGCCAAGGCGGAUGUUGUUGCUCGGCGGAUAUUGACGUCGUCUCUUCUGGGGCCAUACCUCGCAAACGACUCUCGCAAACCAGUACAGAUUCACAUAUACACCGUAGUGCCACGAGGCCUGAUGUGUCGGUUUUCAUCCGUGACGCGGUCGAAGCUACAGGCGGGGAGACUGGCGUGGUUGUUUGUGGCGGUGUGUCGUUAGUGGCAAGAGUACGCACAAGUGUUGCCAAACUGAGCGACGAGCGUGCUGUUCACAAAGGCACAGGGGCUCAAGGUAUUCAUCUGCAUGUCGAAGAGUACUGCUUCUGA